AUGGAGUCCAUGAUGGCCGCCCACCCGAUGUACAUGAUGCAAUAUCAGUACGACAACAGACAACAUGCGCACUACGCACACCUCCCGAGUCAGCAACCCAUGACCUUUUACCCACCAGUUCCCAUGGUCCCCUCGACGCCGACCUACUCGAAGCCAGCCUCCGCCUGCUCACAGCCCGCCAUGCAGCAAAUGAAGCAAAUGCCCAUGACCAGCUAUCCGUCCGCCAUGACCCCUAUGGCAUCGCCACAGCCCAUGGGCCGUAGGUCGAACAUUGUCCUGGAGACCGAGGCUUGCGACUGGGAGGGCAGGAGGCAUCAGGGACACGGGAUCUACUAUCCCUCGACCCCUCCUCUGUCGAGCUCAGGCAGCGUCAUCAGCAGCCCAGAGAGCUGUGACAUGUUGUCAACGCCAAUGAACCCCAUGUUCUCUGGUCUGGAUAGCAUCGAGAACAUCAAGCCCGAGGUCAACUCACCAGAGAGUUUUCCAGUGCUCGAGUGGUCAAGCUGCGCAUCGCCCCCGAUGACACCUGUUUACCUGAACAAUGUCACCCACAGCAAGCAAAAUCUGAGGCCUGCUCCCACAUCUUCAUGCUCGCCUGAACUUGCGCCCGCAGUUUCUGCCUGCCCUUCACUUUCGCCUUCACCCGUACCCCAGACCCGGUCAUUUACCAGCUCGGAGACCAGCUUCUGUGACCCUAGGAAUUUGACUGUGGGCAACGUGACUUUGGGGCUUGAGCCUGCGAGCCUGUCAACCGAGACCCUUGUUGCUCACCCAGACAACACCUUCGUUUUUGUUGCGCCGCAAGCUGCUCCCACCUGGGACGCCAUUUCUGAGCUCGAGUCCGAGGAGGAUUUUGUCAAGGGACUCGUCAACCUUGACGACUCAAAAUCGGACGCUCAGGGCACCAGGACUCGUGCUAGCUCGGACGCGGUGAGCCUGAACUUCGACGACGUUGAGGCUUUCCCGCUCCUUCCUAUUGCCCACCCAACCAGCGACGACGACUGCCACAAGAGCAAGCGUCAACGUACUUGCGGUGGCCCCACUAUGGAUUCUGCCACCAACGAGUCUGCGUCGCCCGCUGCCGCUCCCUCUUCGGAGCAGCAGCAACAGCCCAAGUCAAGCGAUGCGCCUAGCAACGAGGAGACUAAGAGCAAUUCUGGAGCAUCGACCAACUCUGACGGCACCGGCCUUCCGGCGCCAACCAGCCGCCGCGGUCGCAAGCAAUCUCUCACUGAGGACCCGUCCAAGGCUUUCAAGUGCGAGCUGUGUGACCGUCGCUUCAGACGUCAAGAGCACCUCAAGCGCCACUACCGCUCCCUUCACACCCAGGACAAGCCCUUUGAGUGCAAUGAGUGCGGCAAGAAGUUUUCGCGUUCGGACAACUUGACCCAGCAUGCUCGCACCCACGGCUCGGGCGCCAUUCCUCUCAACAUCAUGGGUGAGGAGGAUCUGGCUGCUGCGGCCGCCAACGGCUACAUGCACCCACCACAACAUAUGUAUUCGAUGGUUCCUAAUGUGCCCACCCUCCCCGACUACAACUCGUACGGCAAGGUGCUGUUCCAGAUCGCCGCCGAAGUCCCGGGCAGUGCUAGUGACUACUCGGAUGACGGCAGUGAGAGGAAGCGCAAGCGAGCCGACUAG